CGCAUGUUUGAUUGGAGAGUCUGUAGCAUGCAGCAGUAAUUGGCAAGGCCAUAAACCAAUGGAAAGGAUUUGAAACUGGGUUUGUGGUCGAAAGUGAUAUAAAAUCUCGCUUUGGGACAGUCUGGCAUUCUGACUUCCUUCCUGUGGGUUCUAGGUCUCUACCCUGGCUCCAGUCUAAAUAUUGUCUUACCUGUUGCUGGAGCAAUCGGGGAGUCAGUCUCCUCUGUCAUCUCUCCAUCAGUUGGGCCAAUCAGCCAGUCUUUUUACUCUUGUUUCAGGAGCCGGUCAGAAUACAGGCAGCUGGUCGCACCGCUUGCCAGGCCCGGGCUCCUGGCCCAGACAUCCUGCAGGCGCUUAAUAAAUGGCCAAGUCAUUAUUGGGGUUUCUAAAUAAGGCUCUGCUAAUGGCCGAGUCUGGCUGCCGUCCCAAUGUCCCCAGGAGGCCCGCAGAGGCCGGCACAGGGCGCACUAUAAAUCAGCGUCCGCGCACGCAGGGGCAGUACUAGUCCCAGGACGACGGUUAAGGAGCAGGAUGGAGUAUCCGGUACCAGUGCAGCCGUCUUGGCUGCGCCGUGCUUCGGCCCCGUUACCGGGACUGUCCGCUCCGGGACGCCUGUUUGACCAGCGUUUCGGCGAGGGACUGCUGGAGGCUGAGCUGGCUACGCUCUGCCCUGCUGGGCUCGCGCCCUACUACCUGCGCGCACCCAGCGUGGCGCUGCCAACUGCCCAGGUGUCGGCCGACCAGGGCCACUUCUCCGUGCUGCUGGACGUGAAGCACUUCUCACCAGAGGAAAUAGCGGUCAAGGUGGUUGGGGAGCACGUGGAGGUACACGCACGCCAUGAGGAACGCCAGGACGAGCAUGGAUUCAUCUCUCGCGAAUUCCACCGCCGCUACCGUUUGCCACCCGGCGUGGACCCUGCCGCAGUGACCUCAGCUCUGUCCCCUGAGGGCGUCCUGUCCAUCCAGGCCACACCAGCGCCGGCCCAGGCCCCACUGCCAUCACCGGCUGCUGCCAAGUAGGGAUCCAGGUGCACCUGAAUUUAGGGAGCUGCUUUAGGCUCUUACUUUUUAAGCCGAUCUGACUGCCCAGCCAGAUAUCCCCAUCCUGACGGUCCCUCCCACCCAAAUGGAGAUCCCACCUGACCCCUCACCCUAGACCCAGCCUUUGAUAACGUAGACCCUCUACUGAUACCCCAACCCCUUAGGCCCCUUCCCACACCUUGCUACAAGCACGACCCUCACCUCAGCCUAGUCUCCCAUCUUGGUUUAUAUCCUCACUCAGAACUUCCUUUUGCAUUCCCUUGACUCCUACAAAA